AGGCCGACUAUACAUUUCUCAUCCUCCCUUCGUUCUGUAUGGGUAUCAAGGGCUGGUCCUGGAAGCCCUUUACAUUGACUAUCCUGCUGAGAAUCUUUUAAAAAUUAUUCAGGUUUUUUUUAUUAUUAUUCGCUAAAAAAGAGGGGAGGAAGCCUAGCUUGGAGGCUUUUGCAAGUCAGAUAGCCUUAUGAAACCUCUCGCAUGUGCUCUUAAGAACUGCUCUGCUGGAUCAGGCUAAGAGUCCAUCUCGGCAACUGCGUUUACUAGUCCACAGUACUUGGUACUCAGUUGUAUACUGUCCCUGAAUAUGGUUACAUUAACUAGACUACAUGCAGAGAGCGUCUUCCCUUUGCCUUACUAAGUAGUUGCAGCCAGAUCGUGAACAUUUUGGGGAACAGAGUACAUUUUCUUCAGGCCAGAUAUGUGUGUGGUUCUGACCCAGCUGCAGAAUUGGUAACGUACUGCACACUCUAAGAAGUCUUUGUCCAGGCAGUUUCAAGACAGAAUAUGGAGGAGGAUGUACAAUUGCACAGCAGAGCAGAGAAGCUGGACAUGAUGGCGGCUGCUGUUCCUGUUUUCAGCCGGCAGAUCUCCGUGAGCGAAUUCUCUUGCCAUUGCUGUUAUGACAUUCUGAUCAACCCGACCACCUUGAACUGUGGGCACAGCUUCUGCAGGCAUUGCCUUGCCCUGUGGUGGACGUCUUCCAAGAAGAAUGAGUGUCCGGAAUGCAGGGAGAAAUGGGAAGGGUUCCCCAAGGUCAACAUCCUCCUCAGGGACGCCAUUGAAAAGCUAUUCCCGGAUGCUAUUGAGCAGCGAAAAGAUGACAUCCAGCAAAAUAGCGACGUCUCUCGUAGCCUCACAGCAUUUCAGAAGUAUGGGAAUGAUCAGAUGUCAGCAGCACCAAAUGCAAGAAGAAUUAAUCCUCGAGGAGGGGGAUUUUUCUCUGGAGUUCUGACUGCUUUGACUUGCGUGGCGGUGGUUUUGCUUGGCUAUCACUGGAGCAGCAGAGAGCAAGAAGAUGACCUCCUUGUCCACAAGCCUGUGUCCAGGUGGAGUGCCGAAGAGGUGAUUCACUGGCUCGGUCAACUGGGGCCCUGGGCUUCACUGUACAGGGAGCGGUUUCUGCUGGAGAGAGUGAAUGGCAGGCUCCUCCUGACAUUAACAGACGAAGAUUUUGCCAGGGCUCCUUAUGACAUAGAGAACAGCAGCCACAGAAAAGCCAUUAUGAUGGAACUGGACCGGGUGAAGACGCUAGGCGUUAAGCCACCGCAGAACCUGUGGGAGUACAAGGCUGUGCAUCCAGGCAAGUCCUUGUUCCUACUCUAUGCCUUGAAGAGCUCCCCAAGGCUCACCAUCCUCUACCUGUACCUCUUUGAUUACACGGAGCUCUUUCUUCCUUUCAUCCACACCAUCUGUCCGAAGCAGGAAGAGGAGGAGCUUGAGGACAUUCUGGCAAAACUUCUGGAUCUGAAGGAGCCUGCUUGGAAACAGUGGCGAGAAUUCCUGGUCAAGUACUCCUUCCUGCCCUACCAGCUAAUUGCCGAGUUUGCUUGGGACUGGCUGGAGGUGCAUUACUGGACAUCUCGCUUCAUCAUUGUCAAUGCCAUGCUGCUUUCUGUCCUGGAGCUCUUCUCCUUCUGGAGGCUUUGGUCAAGAAGGGAACUGAAGACUAUCCCUCAUCGGAUGUGGAGCCACUUCUGGAAGGUGUCCACCCAGGGACUCCUGGUGGCCAUUUUCUGGCCUCUCAUUCCUCAGUUUGUCUGCAACUGCCUGUUCUACUGGGCAUUGUACUUCAACCCCAUUAUAAACAUUGACCUUGUGGUCAAGGAGGUGCGUCGCCUGGAAACGCAAGUGCUUUGAUCGAAGGAUCUCUUGGACUGUUCCUUGUAGUGGCUGUCUUGAGCCACCUUGAAGGCUUAUUAGAAGGCAGGCUACUUAUUCCUUCUACAGUGAUAAACUCGCAUUGAUUUCUCCCUUUUGCUUAACUUGCUUUGGGGGAAGUCUUUCUGUUUUUUCUUUUAGAGCAGCCAGGUUGUUUGGGAACUGUCUUUCCCAGGGAAUCCAGUCUUGCUUUCUUGGGUGUCUGCAUUCUCUUGUUUCUCUCUCUCCCUCUCUCUCUCUGAUUUUUUCAGUCUCUGGAAGGGUAGUUUGGGAAACCUGGCAAAAGCCUCCUGUAUUCUGAAAAAGUUUUGUGUAUCUACUCUGGGCAUUUGUAUACUUUAAAGGAAUACUUAUCACCUAAAUGGGUACUUACCCCUUUUUAAAAAUAUUUCAAACCUGACUUUGACUUCCUCCUCCCCCUCCCCUCACCAUUUUUAUGAAUUGAAGGAGAAAUCUGAUGUUUCUGUUGCUGUAUUAAUUUUCUAAGUCCACUUGCCAACUACAAUCACUUUUUAAAAAAACAAAAACAAAAUGGUAUCCUGCAUGCAAAUAGCCAACUGUGAAAUGGUGGUUUUGUAUAAUAAGUGCCACAUCUGUUGCUGUUUGUAUAAAUGUAAACCAAACCACAGUUAACUUUGGUUUAAAUGCUUGGUCUUGAAAAAUGAAAGCUAGAUUAUGCAUUUGUAUUACUAUGAUAUUCAGAUUUGCAUAGGAACCUUUUUUGAGAAUUAAACAAGGUUGUUUCUUUUUCUAAAA